AUGGAAAUGGAUACCGCACGAUACGACCCCAUGGACGCACAGCGUUUCGAUCCGCUACUGCGCACCAGCGCAAGACCCAACUCGCUUUUUAAAACCGGCACUGAAAAAUCGACGAUGGGGCAGGGCCUUUGCGUCAGAACUCGACCAUGUAUGCUGUUCCCCGUACGUGCGAGCGUAGGUGGUGUAUGGCCGGACCACGAGGUUGUGGUCGUCCCUCUUGAGGGGGGAGAUGCAGAUUCGGAGGCAUCACGCUCAUCCACACCAAGUUCUUCUUCUACUUCCACUACAUACACGACUGCGUCUUCUGCUAUGCCUGAUGUACCUCCAUCGCACACUCAACAAGUCGAUGCUUACGAGAGGGAUGACGUCGUAGUCACACGCACCAUCAUACGCCCCAACCCCACUCCUAAUCUUCAUCCCAAUCCAAGUCGUAUGCCAUCUAGAGCCCAGAUGAUCCUUCCACGGAUGUUCUCACGUUCGCCAUCCCCCACAGCCUCUCCAUCUUCUUCGUUAUCCGCAUUACCCCGUUCCAACCCCCCUUCGCGCCCUACGAGCCCAGUGCUCCAAGCGCUCAACUGUUUCAACACAUCCUCGACUUUUGAGAGGGAUGAGGACAAUGUGCAUAUUGCUGAGAGUCCCAGGCCUGUAUUGCAGGUUAUUGUUACGCAGACGAGGGACAGGUACGAGGAUGAUAGGGCAUUUAAGGAGAUUGUGGGGAGUGUUUAUCCGGGACCCGUUGCUGCUGCUGCCAGUGUGGGAAGCGGUGCUUGAUGCAUCGAUGCUUAAUUCUUUCGAGUGGAUCUUGAUUCUUGUACCAUUGUUCUUUCCCUGCAUAUCUUAUUGCAUAUCUUAUCGUGAUAAUCAAUAUCUAUUGCUAACUUAUAUCGGGCUAAUGGGUCGAUGUCAUUCUGCAGGCGUUGUUAUUCUAUGCGAUAAUUAAUACCUAUGGCUAUCAUACAUUAGAGACUAAUCGCCUGAUUUUGUUCAGUGGACGUUCUUUCAUGGAUUUUUAUGUAGUAGCAUUAUGAUCCUU